AUGGUUGAUUGUAGCAGUAAUCUUCAGGAUCUCGUCGAUUAUAUUUAUAAUUGGACUGUUACAAAUAAUAUGAAACUUAAUGUCACUAAAUGUAAAGAAAUGAUCCUUGACUUUGGUAGGGUAAAACGGAAUUUCCCAGCAUUAUUAAUCGAGAACACUGAGGUUAAACAUGUAAAUUCUGCCCAAAUUCUCGGCGUUACGAUACAAACCAAAAUGAAUUGGAAUGAACACAUUAAUAAAAUUGUUAAGAAAUCUGGGAAAAGAUUGUAUAUGCUUAGGUUAUUGAGACGAGCCAACGCUGACAUUAGAAUGUUAUCCAUCACAUUUACCACUAUUAUAAGGCCAGUCUUAGAAUACGCUUGGCAAGUUUGGCACUUCAACAUUCCAGGUUAUUUGAGUGAUGAUAUUGAAAGGGUUCAAAGAAGAGCUUUGAGAAUUAUUUUACCAGAACUUAGCUACAACGAUGCAUGCAAACUUAUUAAUAUUCCAUCCUUGAAGGAACGACGUGAGAUUUUAUGCGAACAGUUCUUUUUGAGAGAUGAGAACCUUCAAAAAUUGGAUGAAUUUUUACCUAAUAAAUCCUUUUCGGUCUAUGAUACGAGGGGAAAUUGUAAAUAUAAUAAUUAUUAUUGUAAAACAGAACGUUUUAGAAAAUCUUUCUUACUACAAAUUAUUUCGAAAUUAAAUUGUAAAUAGUAGUUUACUCCUUUAUAUUUAAUGAUUUGUAGUAUAGCUGAUGUAAUUUAACCUUCGGUUACAAAAUCAGUAAAUAUAUUUAAUAAUAAUAAUAAUAAUAAUAGAUAAGCAAAAUGCUUUCAACUCAAACUUGCAAUUUUGUUGUAAAUAUUUUUCCCCUUUUUUGUUAUUAAACAUGUUUAUAUCACAAAUAGUCCUUCACCAUCUCAGUAGAGGUUGGUUUUAGUUUAUUUGGUAGUCAUAGGAACCUUUGUAUUAUAUUUUUAAAAUGUUUCCACAAAUAGUCCUUCACUAUGUCAGUAGAGGUUGGUUUUAGUUUAUUCGGUAGUGGUAGGAACCUCUAUAUAUAUGAAACAAGCAAAGAAAAAACUGUAAUUAGUACUUCCUCUAAACGUUAUAGAAAGGUUCCUCUAAAACGUUCCUUUAAAGCACUUGUAGUCAUGUUUUAUCACAUAUAAAACACUCCGCUACGCGUCGUGUUUUAUAUGUGAUAAAACACUCCUACAUGUGCUUUAAAUAGUACAUAUAUAUAUGUGUGUGUGUGUGGUGUGUGUAUAUGUAUAUAUGUAUAUGUAUACAGCUAAUUCAAUUAAGGUUGUCCUUUGAAAACCUUAAACUCUAAAACCUUAAACCUUAAACUCUAAGCGUGCAAAGCAUUAUGGGAGUACGACUUAAGCAGUUUAGAAAGCAUAUAUGGAGCCCAUUUCUUAGAGACAUGGUAAAUAUCUCCCUGCGAAAACAUUUCACUCACAAACAGCUGCAAUAUUUAACUACUAAGCUUGAAAUCAGUGCUCCCAUUAUGCUUUGCGCGCUUAGAGUUUAAGGUUUAGAGUGUAAGGUUUGCAAAGGACAACCUUUUUUGAAUUAGCUGUAUAUGUAUAUAUGUAUGUAUAUAUGUAUGUAUAUAUAUGUAUAUAUAUAUAUAUAUGUAUAUAUAUGUAUAUAUGUAUGUAUAUGUAUGUAUAUAUAUGUAUAUAUGUAUAUAUGUGUAUAUGUAUAUAUAUAUAUAUAUGUAUGUGUUCGUUUUGCAGUUUCAAUAUUUUUUUAUUUAAUAACUCAGUAUAUCAUGGGCACGGCUAGGCACGUCUACAUACAGCCUUGUAUAUAUAUUACUUACUGAGUUAUUUAACCCAUUCAGAACAGGAAUUUCUCAAUAAGGCCAGUUUUACAAAAUUUCAAUGACAUGGGCAAAUAAUUGUAACAAUAUUUUAGGAGAAAAAAUUAAGCUAAUUACGAAAAUUAUAUAGGUUAUGACAUGAAAACUAUGCAUGGACGGAUGGACGCUUGACGCAGUACAAGCAUGACGUUUGGCUAUGUAACCCAUCCAUAACUACUUUGAAAACUUCGCAUGCCAAAGGUCCUCAAGACGGUGCUAGGGCUAUCCUUAAACACAAAGCUGGCAUGGCUGUCAUUAAAGAGGGCCCCCUGUACUUUUUGCGUGAAGCGUGAAGGGCUUAUUUUACUUAGCCGUGAAACGUGAUCGGGCCCCCUAUAAUUUUUGCGUGAAGGGCUUAUUUUACUUAGCCGUGAAACGUGAUCGAUGAUUUUCUUAAUCUGUGACUCGUGAAAAGGCAAAAUAUUUUUACGUGAAAGCAUAUUAUGAAGAGGUAUAGGGGGCCCUCAUUAAAUGGCAGGUAAUGACUCACUCAUGAUCUAUUUUCAACUAUCCAUUUUGCAGUUUAUUUAAAUUUUAGUUUUCUCUGAAAUCCCUGGUCUUGAUUGGCUAACUUUUGCGGGAAAUAUAUAAUUAACUCUACAGUAACUCAUACAACCGGACCCUGGCUAUAAAUUGCCUACUGUUUGCAUUACUAUAUAAAGGCCACGACCACUUGCAAGCACAAUAUCUGCACAAUCUCAGAGCCAUGUUAUGCUGAAAGUUACGCCCUGUGCCAGAAAUUGCGUUGCAUGUUGCAACAAAAAUUGCCUUGUGUAACAUGGCCUUAAAUUAUUUAACUGCUUAACAAAACCAUAUGUUUUUCUUUCACACAUGUAGGUUGUCAUUCAAAAUGCGAAAGAAUUGUACAAGUUCGCUGAGUCUGAGAGUACAAUGAAAGAUCAAGCACCCUCGCGAUACCAGUCUGAAGUGUUAAAGUGA